AUGACCUGUCCCAACUGCGAACAGUCGUCUUACUGCGGGAAGCGGCACCAACGCAACGAUUUCGAAAAAACACAAAAUCCUCUGCAAACAGUUGCCGAAUUUCCUGGAGCAGAACCGCCCAGCACCUACAGGCCCAAAUUCCAUCUGACGCCGCGCCAUUUACUUCAAUCCAGCAAAAACAGAACCGGAGUUUGUGUGGGUCGAAAGGAUGAGAAUAGGAAACCCAAGCCCAGGAUCAAGCCUUUGCUCUUAACCGAUGAGGAAUUAGCAAGAAAGAAGGCCGAGGAGGCUGCGAGCAAGAACAAGACAAAGACAAAGACCAGGCCAAAGAGCAAGACGGAUAGCAAGUCCAAGAGCAAAGCCCAGAAAAAGGUUCUGUCACACUGCAUUAACGUACGCUAUCGUGAUAACUUCAUGGAUGACAAAUCGAUCACGAACAGCGUUGCGACUGCAAUGAUUCACGGCGAACUGGCAAAGAGACUGACAGAUGAGGAAAAGAAGGGGAAGAAGACUGUAGAUGAACAGGUGGAAAAAGAGGAAGGUAAAUUGAAAGAAUGGAAAGGUCCGAUGCUAUUCCACGGCAUGAAAGAUCUCAACAAUGUUCCCGGCAUGGGAACGAUGAGUUUCAAAUCAGGCGUGCCUAGUACAGAUCUCGAGGUUCGAGAUCUUAGGUAUAUCAUUAAUUGGCUAGCUGGGUACGACAAGGAUGAUGCCCCUGAAUUUGGCUCUUGA